AGUAGUGACCCGACCACCGCGCGGAGAGGGUGUGCCAGGAAAAACUACAUGCAAGUGUGAUAUUAAGUGACAUUGCAGAAACAAAAAAUAUUUUCACAUGUAACAAGCUUUAACGAUUUAACGAUCGACUCGACGCAGAGGGAGUUAUGAAGGCGAGGAAAUGAUUGACACGUUGUCGUGGCUGUGAUGGAUUAAGUGGUCCUCGGGGAGACAUUCUCACCACUUGCCAACUGGAUUCAGCAUGGAUGGCAGCCGAGGCCGCCUAGUAUGGAGUGGCUGUACUUCACCUGGGUGCUGGCGGCGUGGGCGGCAGCAGGAGGGGGAAGGUGGUGGGGCGCCCAUACCCAGCACCUCACCAGCACCGCCUGCCCCAGCUGGGAGGGCAGCCGCUGGUGCCCCUGCUACCACUUCGAUGACGGAGUCUUCCUCGAGUGCUCCAUGGUCUCCCUGGCCACGGUGGCCAGAGUCGUGGGACUCGUCCAGCACCCGGUUAAAUCCCUCAGCGUAUAUGAGCUGGAAGGCAACGUGACCUCUCUUCCGCCUGGAAUCUUCAGCCAGAGUGCCGGGGUUUCCAGCUUGCAGAUCUCCCAUUCCAGGCUCCAGUAUGUCUCUGACGGCAGUUUCCGGGGGCUGGAGGGCUCCCUGCAGAGCUUGACUAUCACCUACAGUCAUAUUUCCACCGUCCCUAAAGCUGCACUUCAAAAGCUUUCCAAACUUAGAGCUUUAGAUCUGGAAGCCAACAACAUUACUGAACUACAAAGUUACAGUUUUCUCAAUAUGAACUUGGUCAGUCUGAACCUGAAGGAUAAUGGUCUCAGACUAAUAUCAGAAUACGCCUUCGACGGCCUGGAAGACACUUUAGAAGAGCUCAAUAUCAUGAACAACAAACUCAAGCAGCUUCCAAUACCGGCGUUGACGCGACUCUGUAAACUCCACACGCUGAAGGCCACCUGGAACCACAUCUCCGACGUGGUGAGCGACGGUUACUCCAGACUGCCGGCCCUCCAGAUGCUGGACCUCAGUAGCAAUCACUUCACAGAGCUCUCCAGCAGCAGCCUCGCCACCAUGCCUGCCCUCACCUCCCUCUCCCUCUAUAUGAACCAGAUCCUUCAUGUGGCUGGCGACAGCUUCAUACAGAACUCUGGGUUGCAGACGUUGUAUAUGAGUCACAAUAACAUUAUGAGCCUCGCUCCGGAGACGUUUACUUACACCAUCUUCGUGAGAGUGAUUGACCUCGGGGGCAACCACCUUCACUCCAUCAGCAACGGCCUCUUCAAUAACCUUCCAGACCUUCAAGAAGUGUUCCUAGGCAAUAACAACAUCCUAAAAAUCUCUAACAACACUUUUACUAACUCCAGCAAGAUUUCAGUUUUGUAUCUCCAAGAUAACGAGAUCCAUUCCAUCGAGAGCGGCGCCUUUGUCAACCUGGAACUCUUAUUUGAUCUCCACCUGAGCUCCAACAACUUGGUGGAGAUCCCAGCUAAUCUCUUCUCAAAUACUCGCAUACUAAACUCUUUAAGUUUGGACUAUAACAGAAUCUCGUCUCUAGCAGUUGCAACAUUCUCUCGCCUCUCGGAGCUGAGGGAGCUCAGGCUGCAAAACAACAGGUUGACCAAAAUUGAAAGAGGCAUCUUCUCCCCGUUGCCCAACCUCCUGGAACUUCACCUACAGGAUAACCUAAUCAACUUCAUUGCCACAGAGGCCUUCUCUUCACUGGGUAAGUUGCAGCACUUAAACUUGGAGGGUAAUCGUCUGAUUGAACUGCCUGAUGCUUUAAGUCAGUUUCCUGCAAAUCUGAUAACUUUAAAAUUUUCUAAGAAUUUAAUAAAUAUUAUCCACACGGAUGCCUUUAGGGGACAAAAUAAGCUAGAAAUAUUUUGGCUUAGUGAUAAUAACCUCACGAGUGUAGAAGUUGCCUUAUUAAGUGAUCUAUCUUUACUACAAGAACUGUACAUGGAGAAUAACCAGAUCAGCAUCAUUGAAGACAAGUCCUUCCAAAGCAUGAAAAACCUGAAGUUGUUAUCACUAUCCAACAAUAUCCUACAACAUAUCAGCUCAGAAUUAUUUGAGGGUCUCGUAUCUCUUGAGAGACUUUAUAUAGACAAUAACAAAGUCACUGACAUAAAGCCACACUCUUUCGAGAACAUGAGAAAACUUCGGGAGCUAGAUUUAUCCAACAAUCAGAUUCUUGUCGUACGACGAAACAUGUUUGAAGGGAACCUCCCGCUACAGACACUAAGCCUAGAGGGAUCCAUGAUUAGUGAGAUCGAUCCUAACGCCUUCAGCAGCCUUCGGCAGCUAGAGGAGCUCAACCUCCGACGCAACAUGCUGGCUCACCUCAACAAGCUGUACAUUAACGUGCAUAGCCUCAGGAAUCUUAAUCUUGCUGACAACAAGUUUGAGAUCGUCGAAGAAGACUGUCUCUACAGCUCACCCAACAUCGACACACUUGAUCUCAGUGGCUGUGGCUUCUUUAGGCUUCCGCCUCACUUACUGGCUGAAGCGACGGAACUUAGGUCACUAAACUUAGCCAGAAACAACUUCAGAGAUCUGAAACCUGUGUUUUUCCGGAAAUUAAGAAAAUUGAGAGAUCUGAAUCUAUCGUUGAAUAACUUGAACUAUACUAUAAUGGCUUCCUUGGGGGGACUCCAUGAGCUCGAGGUACUCAGACUAAAUGGAAAUCCUUUAGGUGAACUGAGGGAGCCUGUGCACGAGAUGAUAAGUCUUCAGGAGCUCCAUCUAUCUGAAACACACUUAAAGAGGAUGGAUAACACUGUUUUCAACAGAUUCAAACAACUAAAAUCUCUCGAUCUGUCAAACAACCGCCUGUUGGAGCUCAUUCCUGGAAUCUUCGAAGGUCUAUGCAUUGAAAAGCUUAGCCUAGCCGACAAUUUGUUCACCCAAAUCCCCAACGCCAUGUUUUUGGAUGGCAUGAUGGGUCUGCGGGCGCUCAAUAUGUCAGGUAACCCACUGAGGCGGGUGACGGGAACUCUUGUUUCCGGCGGUCCUCCUCUGAUGGGUCUCGAAGAACUGGAAGCUGAGAGAACCAACUUGACGAUGUUGACAAGCCACGACCUGCAGCUGACGCCCGCCCUGCGCUCGCUCAACCUAGCACAGGCCUCCAUCUCCAACAUUUCACCUGGAACCUUCAGAAACCUAACUCACCUCACGGACCUCAACCUCGCCCUCAACUGCUUGCAGGUACUGCCGAGGGAGCGGCUUAGAGGCCUCAAGUCACUCUCUUUCCUUAACCUGACGGGCAACACCCUCAAGAAGCUUGAACAGCUGCCUCCAGGAGCACAUUCAAUCAAGGUCCUUGAUAUCUCUGGCAACAUGCUGACGGGGUUGACGCAGGCCACCUUCAAGCACGGAGCCUCCAUCGAGGUCCUUCUCCUUGGGUCCAACUGGAUCACUUCUAUCCACCAGCGAGCCUUUGCUCCAUUGGUUCAUCUCCAGCACUUGGAUCUCUCCAACAAUUACCUGGAGGGGCUGGAAACAGCGACACUAGAACCCAUAGAAAGGAAUCUGGAAACGCUGCAGCUUGGGGGGAAUCCUUUGAUAUGUGGGUGUGGGGUGAAGGAUCUGUGGGCGUGGCUUCAGGAUCACCUAUCUUACAUACCAGACCCUUCCUCCAUCGUCUGCAGUCUUCCAAAGUUGGUGAGCGGACAGUCGUUCCUGCUGCUGUCGGCGGCGUCGUUCUGCCCUCAGCCGCUGAUCGUGCGCUUGGCUGUACAGGACAUCCAGAGCCACUCCCUCCUCGUCUCCUGGCAGGCCACCAACAUCUCCACCAUCUACGGCUUUAAGGUGUCCUUCAGAGAGACCACUGGAGAUGGGCAGGUGAUUGGUGGACUCAAGACCCAGAACCUGCCAGCUACGCCGAAGACCCACCUCCUGAAGGGUCUGCGGCCCACCACCGACUACCUGGUGUGUGUGGAGGGCCUGGCGGCGGCCCCCACCACCCCGGCCACCAGCAGGGCCACUCUCAACCACAACCAUCAACUCAACCAACACACGCAGAACGUCUAUAUCAACCAGCCGGACAUGGCGACCAAGUGUCUGCGGGUGAAGACGCAGGAGCCACCUCCACCGGAGAUAGUGCUCAACAACCGCCUGGCCAUCGUCAUCGGGGCGUCGCUCGGCAUCACCAUAUUCUUCGUGGCCGGAGCCAUCAUCUGCUGCUGCCAGAUGUGCAAGGACAGGAGGGAGGCGGCCAAGCGAGACACCGCCCCGCCUGGUCAGGACUACCUCUCCUACAGGCAGUUCUCCGUCCAGGGCACCGAGGCCACCACGACCGUCGCCGCCGCCCCCCGCGAGGAACACACCGAGUGCUAGUUAGGGUAGGGAGGCUAGCGGACGAAGAAGGGAUGAUGAGCGCUUCUUAGGGAUAAUGAUGUUGGCGAAAUUGUUGAGGAAUGUUAAUAAGCGAGGCUAGAAAGGAUAGGGGGAGGCAGCCUUCUCAAGGGAUAGCACAAACAGCGACUGUGGGAGGACAUAUAUAUAUAUAUAUAUAUAUAUAUAUAUAUAUAUAUAUAUAUAUAUAUAUAUAUAUAUAUAUAUAUAUAUACAAAAUUGAACUGUGUAUCAUCUGAAAACCUAUAUUCUAUACCUUCGGAGUUUUAAAUCCCAGCAACAACCUAAUCUAACUUCUCCUAGGCCUAAUACAGGCCAAUCUUGAACCUAAUGCAGAACAGAUAUGUGCAAUAUUAGCUCCCAAGAGAGGGUUAGAAUAGGGUGUUGCAUUCCCAAUUGAAGGUGCAGUCGCUAAGGUAGCAGAAUAUGUCCUUGUUGCUCUAAACGGGUGUCAAGGUCAAGAGUGUAUGUCCCAUAAGAUGAAUCUAAAGGUCAAGUCUCAAGAGGUUAACAGGUUAUUAUGUCUUUGAGAUUGUUAACAGGUUUGUUUGUUAUUCCGUUGGUCAAAGUUUUAAUGUCAAAGUUUAUUCAGCAGAUUUAUAAAGUAAAUAUAUAUAUAUAUA